AUGGCCAACAACGCUGGGCCUCUGAUUGUGGGGCCACUCGACACGUCCAUGGCCGCCACCCCACUGCCGGACUCCAGAGCAGUCGAUAGAGACGACGCCGAUACGUGCCGGAUAUGUCGGGGAGAGGGCACCACCGAAGAGCCCCUGUUCUUCCCGUGCAAGUGCAGCGGCAGUAUAAAAUACGUUCACCAGGAAUGUUUGAUGGAGUGGCUGUCGCAUACUCAGAAGAAGCACUGCGAACUGUGCAAGACAUCGUUCCGCUUCACCAAGCUCUAUCACCCCGGCAUGCCCAACCGCAUUCCCACAGCCAUAUUCCUGCGCCGUGCUGCCCUCCAUGUCUUCAACAUGUUUGUGACAUGGUGUCGGGGUGUCCUGGUGGGCGCUGUGUGGCUCUUCCUUCUGCCAUGGUGCAUGCGCGUUGUAUGGCGCAGCUUGUUCUGGGUCGGCGACGGUGGCUGGUCACAGGAUAUCUUUACUGAUGUGACAGAGUCGCCCGAAAUGCGAACCGUGUCCCCAUCCGAACUCAGUACCAUUCGCAACGCGACCACAUACCCAUCAACUCCGACGAGCGCAAUCUCCACAACAUACAUCCCAAAUAAUACAACCGCCGAUGGGUCCAUCAUCUGGGCUUUUACCAAACAAUACUUGUACAAUGUCGCAUACCCUUUCCUCCAGCUCGCGCAAAUCGACAGGCCCAGCUACGUGUACAUCAACUCCACCUCGACUAACUCGACUUCGCAACCUCUUGGCAUUCGCAGCCCGUCCCUACUUUCUGACGUCCCCUUUUUCAACUGGUUCCACUCCCCCGCUGCCAAUCGCUUCAUUGUCGACGUGAUAGAAGGGCAAAUCAUUACACUGCUCGUGGUAGUCGCGUUCAUCCUGGUAUUUCUCAUUCGAGAAUGGGUAGUCCAGCAACAACCCGUAAUCAACAUGGUUGCUCUUGGCGAUAAUGUUGCUGCGCAGCGGGCAGCAGCUCUAGAAGAGGAGGUUCAGGUGGAAAACAUUGCAGUCGACGAGGACGAGCUCGACGACGCUCUAGACGUUCUGGACGCUGAGGUCGCCCAGGCGGCGCACGAAAACGAGCCCGAGGAUGCUCACGAGGAUGAGUUGCCUAUACCCGAGGAAGCCUACGAAUUGGACGCGCCCGAACCCACGAUACGCCGCGUUCGCCGAUCUUCCUCGCUUCGGCGAGAACGCGACGAGAUAGUUCGAAGAAUAGUACAUGAGGGUCUGACUGAUGAUGUCAGAUCAUUGAUACAACCGGGGCCCGCCGAUGACAAUGCCAACGCUUUGCCUCAAGUUAACGGCCCUUCCCCCACUUUCGCAGACUCCCUUCUGCUGGCAAUGAGGGCUGGAGACCCCUCGCCCGAAGAAGACGACAGGGGUGAAGGUAGUAGCUCACUUUUCCCCACCCGUACGUCUUCCCUUCCACGACCAUCAAGCUCCGCACCGGAUGCGCAUGAUUCAGAUUCGUCGGCCUCCUCCCAUAGGCCAAACAUGCCCGCACGCGAUCGAUCCUUCAUUGCCACCGAGAUACGUCGCAGCUUGGAAGAAGGUAAUACAUGGUCGUUUGAAAAUGUACCCCAACCACCAGAGGCGAAUGAAGCAAGGUCCGAUAACGUGCCCAACUCCUGGGAAGACGAUACCGAAGACCGGCAACCUAGGCAAGAGCACGACGUUUUGUCCGAUCAGGAACGGGACAGUGAGCACAGUAGUGGAAGCUGGCAGCAGAUUUCCGAGGUUGUAGACGAUGACUCCGACCAAGCGCUGGAAGGAGAACAUACACACGACAAAGGAAAAGCCAAGGUUGUUGACGCGAAUGAAGAUUCUGAGCAUGAAACUGCAUCAUCGGCGGAUAGCAGUUCUGCCAUUGUGGAUAAUAUCAUCACAGUCGAUACUACCAUUGAAGUGGACAGCACCGAUAGCCGACCUCGACAAGAUGAAGGCCCUCACGAUGAGCAGGCCGAUCCUGCAGAAGGUCAGGGAAACGUAAAUGAGCCUCCUGCAACUGCAGACCAAGCCCAGCCAGCAGAGCCUCAAGCCCAAGGAAAUCCAAUGAACGUGGUAUUAGAUUGGAUGUUUGGAGAUGUGGCACCAGCGACACAGACAGCCGACGAAGGUGCUAAUGAUGAGCACAUCGUUCGCGACCUAGCCGACGAGGCGCCUUUUGUUCCAUUUUUGGGAAAUGAGAUCCGAGAUCACGGCAAUGCUCCCGCACAGGAUCCUGAAGUAGCCGCUGCUGCAGCACAGGCUGGUAUCGAUGUUAAUGACCAGGACGCCAUUGAAGAUGCAGAAGAUCUCGAGGGAAUACUGGAGCUCAUCGGCAUGCAAGGCCCAAUCGUCGGUCUCUUCCAGAACGCUCUAUUCAGUGCGGUGCUGAUAUCUGCUACGCUGGCUUGCGCAGUGUGGAUUCCCUAUCUUUGGGGGAAAGUAGUCAUUCUCUUUAUGGGAAGUCCCAUUUCCCUAUUGAUCAAGCUGCCCCUGCAAGUGGUCGCCACCGUAACCGACUUUAUCGUAGACGCUACUCUCUUUGUGAUAGCUGGCGCGACAUACUGGAGUUCCUACGCCAUCUCGACGUUGGUCAGACUAUGCUCCUGGGGCAAGCUUUCAGAAACCAUAGAUGGUCCACUCCGCGCUGUGUCCGCGCCAGCUUUCUCCCUUGCGGAGAGUGCCAUGAUUCGUAUCGGGAAAAUGAUCAUGGAGUCGCCUUUGUCGCCUCGGCCUGACUACUUUGGGCUCUCAGUAAACGCGCACGCCUCACUGCGAAGUCUGCAAAAUGCAACGUCGUUUGCCUUGAAUGAGACAGGUAACUUUGCGAAUGCCGUCAUCGAAGAAAUAUCGGCAGACUCACCACCCAGGCUCGUGUUGAGGAUUCUCAGCCACCUGCCGUCUCUAAUCCAAAACACGUAUACUCUUGUGCACGGUCGGUGCUGCGCCUUGCUUUCCUGGCUUUGGACCUCGAAAUCCUACAAGAUUACCUUUGAUCUAGAUCUAGGCCGCAACACUACUGCUGCAUACACUGCUAUGGAACGCUGGACUGCGAGCGAUCGCUUGAUUGCAAUUCUCGCUGGCUACGGGUUCUUCGCCUUAGCUGGUGCCGUGUAUCUUAGGCGCGGAGCUCCUUUCAGCUCGUCACAACAGGGUCAAAAGAUCGAACGCAUCAUCUCCGAAAUCCUACAGCAAGCUGGCGGUGUAUUGAAGGUCAUCUUGAUCAUCAGCAUCGAGAUGCUGGCGUUUCCACUGUACUGUGGUCUACUUCUCGACCUUGCUAUGCUGCCACUUUUCAAGAACGCCACAUUAUACACAAGGUGGCAAUUUGCUGUACAAAGUCCCUGGACCUCUGGUUUUGUACAUUGGUUCGUUGGCACUUGCUACAUGUUCCACUUCGCACUAUUUGUGUCCAUGUGUCGCAAGAUUAUGCGCAAGGGCGUUCUCUACUUCAUUCGCGACCCAGACGACCCAACCUUCCAUCCAGUAAGAGAUGUUCUGGAACGUAGCGUGACUACACAACUUCGCAAGAUAGCCUUUAGCGCGCUUGUAUACGGUGCACUUGUCAUCGUGUGCCUUGGCGGAGUAGUAUGGAGCCUGAGCCGGGCGACUUCAAAUGUGCUACCGAUCCACUGGACGACCGAAGCGCCAUCACUUGAGUUUCCACUCGACCUAUUGUUCUAUAACUUCCUCACCCCGGUAAUUAUCAAGUUCUAUAAGCCCAGCGAGGGUCUACACGCCGUCUACAAGUGGUGUUUUCAAAAAUGCGCAGGCUUUCUUCGUUUGUCGAACUUUCUCUUUGGCGACAAGGUCCCAGAACAAGAAGGCAGCGAUGGCAGAUAUGUUCGGGCCCCGGCAUCAGACCAAGCCCGCAUUCCAAAGGGUCAGCCUGUCUUUGUCGAGGUUGACAAGGACAAUGUGCGAAAAGACGGACAGACAGAAGGUGGGGUGCACAACUCGGACCUCGUCUCCAUGGUCUUCAUACCGCCAUGGUUCCGUGUCCGCAUCUUCUGCUUUGUCGUAACAAUAUGGAUCUUCAUGGGUCUAUCCGGCGUCAGCGUAACAAUUCUCCCCCUGCUCUUCGGUCGCUACCUCUUCUCGCUCUUCCUCCCCCCAACCGUCGAGAUGAACGAUAUCCACGCCUUUUCCCUCGGCAUCUAUACCCUCGCCAGCAUUGGCUACUCCACCUACCACGCCACCAAGUUCAUCUCCUCGCUCAACAGACCUGUCCCUGACCCCAUGUCUACGCUCCAAACCAUUGCCGCAACAACUUCUCGCAUCGGCGGCCGCUUCAUUCGCUUCUCUUUCGUUUGGGCCAGCCUCGUCUUCGCCGUCCCCUUCCUCUUCGCCGUUCUCCUCGAACUCUACUUCCUCAUGCCCCUCCAUGCCUACCUCGGUCCAAAGGAACCCCACGUCGUCCACCUCAUCCAAGACUGGACCCUCGGCUUCCUUUACUCCCGCCUCGCCGCCAGAGUCGUCUUUGCAAAUCGUAACUCGCGUCCUGCUCGCGCCUUCCGCGCCGUCGUCCGCGACGGCUAUCUCUACCCCAAUGCGCGCAUCGCGACACGCUGUUUCCUCCUACCCGUCCUGGCUCUCUUUUUGGUAGCCAUUGCUAUUCCGAGCAGUCUGGCGUUUGUCAUGAGUCGCACGCUUUAUCUUGGUGCAACCAAGGCGACGAAGAAUAUGGUUUGGCGCUUUAGCUUCCCGGCUGUGGGGUGCAGUUUAGUGCUCAUGUGGGCUUCGUCUGCUUUGGUAAGGUUGUUGGUGCGUUGGAGACUGGUUGUGCGCGAUGAGGUUUAUCUUAUCGGGGAGAGAUUGCAUAAUUUUGGGGAGAAGAGGAUGGCUGCUAGGGAGGAGGUGGCGGCGGGUGGUGAGGGUAAGGGGUCGUUGUGA